AUGGCGCUGCGCUUCAUCGUGCUCUCCUUCCGCUUUGUGCCGCUAAUCUUGACGUAUCCGCUAAUGGCGUGCACGGACAAGACGUACGAUCUGUGGUGGAGAUUUGCGCUCUGGCAUGUGCAAGCUUCAGGACCGACCCUCAUAAAGCUCGGCCAAUGGGCAUCAACCCGACGCGACGUAUUCAGCAAGGAAUUCUGCGACCGUCUCUCCAUCCUCCACACCAAAACCAAGAAGAAGCGGUUGUUCCGCGACUGUGACAAGGUGCUCGUCUCGCUGUUCGGGCCCCAGAUUCUCAAGAAUAAGGCGCGCAUCUUCCCCAAUAUCGAGCCGUACUCGAUCGGCUCUGGCUGCAUUGCGCAGGUCUUCCGCCUGACGAUGGACUUGGAAGAAUACGAGCGCAUCUACGGCGUCCGGGUCCCAGGGCUGGAGGGCAUGACCAAGGUGGAGAUGGCCGUCAAAGUGUUCCCUGUUGUCGUCGCCUACAACAAGAAGGCCAUCAUGGAGACUUUCGAAGAAGGGAUGUACAUCAACCGGCUUGUCGCCGAGGAAGAAGACCCAGAGCUCAAAACCAAGCAGGCGCCGGCAGUACGCCGCAAGAUUGCGAUGUUGGGGGCGAGGGCGCUGCUCAAGAUGGUGUUCGUCGACAACUUUGUUCACGGAGACCUUCAUCCCGGCAACAUUCUCGUCCGGUUCAACGACAAGGAAGCAUCCGGCGUCCAUUUUGCGCCACCUUCUGCAUCUCGUUUGGCCAGGAUCAAGGACUUUUUGCGGGAUACUUUUAGAAUCCGCGCGGCUCCCCGGUUGAACUUUUCCGAUUCCCCCGACCUCAACGACGAGCCAACCCUCAUCCUUCUCGACACGGGUAUCGCCAUCUCGGAGACGCCGAAGAAUCUCCGGAAUUUACGACGCAUCUUCCGGUGUAUCGUCGAGAAGCGCGGCUAUAAAGCCGGGGAGUUGAUGCUCGAGGAUUCGCCGUAUCAAAACUGCAAGGACCCGGAUCGUUUCUGCACCGAGGUCGAUAAGCUAGUUGCGAAGGCGCGCAGCGAACGCUCGUUGCGCACGCUGAACAUCUCGGCGUUGAUGUCCCAAUUGUUCAGCAUCGUCUCCGAGCAUCACGUCCAGCUCGACUCGGCCUUCACGAGCAUCCUGCUCUCCAUCAUGGGCUACAUCCCGAAUCUUCUCGGCAUCAUCCCGUACGCCGGUAUCGACCUGGCCGUCUACGAGACGCUGAAGGGCAUGUAUUUGAAGAAGAACCCUGAUGUAAAAGAACCUGGCGUCUUCACGCUCCUCGGCUGCGAAUGGAUUGCCGACCCGAAUCAGCCGAACACGAUGUUCGGCCAGUUCCGGUACAUCUUGAAGAACGAGGGCUUCACCGGCCUUUAUCGUGGCCUCGUGCCAAACUUUAUGAAGGUGAUCCCGGCCGUUGGGAUGAGCUACGUCGUCUACGAGAAUGUGCGCAACCACCUCGGCGCCAAGAUGUCC